AUGGCUUCCACAGGCUCCCCUCUGCUCCAGACGCUCGCGGUCCCUGAUGUGCGCAAUGCGCAUCCUAUGUCCUGCAAGGCGCACGUUUCUACUCCGGUCCUCAGCCGGAGGCGGUGUCUGGUCCUGCUAACGACGGCUCUGACGGCGAGAGAAUUGCCGUCGAGGGCUCAGGACAUCCCCCUGUUCGGGCUGAGAAAGAAGCUGGAGAAGGUGGAGGAGGAAGCGGAGGAAAUUCUCAAGGAAGGGAUCGAGGCGGCGGAGAAAGGAAUCGUAACGGCGGAGAAGGGAAUAGAGAAGGCGGAGAAGGGAAUAGAGACGGCGGAGAAGGAGAUAGAAACGGCGGUGAGUUAUAAUGGAUUGACUCAGGCAGGGGCGGUGGCGGGAGCGGAGGUAGUAGGGGUUUUAGUGGCAACUUCAGUUGUGAAUGCAAUCUUGGGGCCUGAAGCUCAGAAAUCAUAAGCUUCUGUGGUUGUGUUUGUGUAAUCCAAUCCAAACCUUCAAAAUGUAAUGGCAUCCUCUGUGAAUUUAUGGAAUUUGCGUUACAUUGAUGGCAAUUUUUGAUAUGUAAAUCACCAAUUCAUGGUCCUUGUUCAUCCUUUGCUUUACAAAUCAUGAACACAUUUCCGACGAGAUUCCUUUUACACCCCAUGAUUUUUUCGUCAAUAAAAUGACAUUAAUAAAAAUGACCUAUAAUCAAUAUUUAUUUAAAUAAUUUUCAAUUUUUAUGUGUCCAAAAAAAAAAAAUCCUUUCACAAAAUGAGCAGCUUUUUUAUAAAGAAAGUUGUACUUUUAUUCAAAAAUUAAUUAUUUUUUAAAAUGUGAUUUUAAAAAUUAAUUCUAAAUAAUUAUUUUGUUUCAAAAAUCUGAUAUAAUUUCAUUUUAAUAUUUUUAUCAUCUUAAACACUGAGUCAAAGGAGUGAGUCAUUGUAAGGGUUGAGUAUCUUAUCUGGAAGCGCAGACACUUGGAAGUUAAUAAUAGAGAGAGUUGAACCGACAAGCAACAACUUCCAAUGUCUCGGGUGGCUUCAAGUCCCGUUGGCCUCCACAGAUUCCGGCCAUGUCUUCAAGCCUCUCAACCUCGCCACGUUUUCAAAACCCAUGUCCAAUCUCCGAACAGAGUUACCAGAUUUCAGAACAUAGCCAUCGCUUGUCAAACCACCCCCAAUCCCACCCCAACUGAUUCAUCCACCACGG